AUGGAUUCUAAGGCCCCUAGCGUCGCAAGUAUGGCUUCAACCUAUGGGGUGUAUAUCGUGACUGCUCUAGUCUUAUUGAUUCCGAGUUAUUAUCUCAUCUUACAUCCGUUGAGUCGUUAUCCCGGACCCCUCAUCGCGAAAUUCACGAAUGGAUACGGAGCCUUCUACGCUCUCAAGGGGACGUUUCAUUCAGUCACCUGUGAGCAACAUCGUAAAUACGGUCCAGUAAUCAGACAAGGCCCGAACAAGCUUGUCUUCAACACAGUCACAGCUUUGAAAGACAUCUACCAAAAUGAACGGCUCACCAAACCCAUCAACUACCUCUCCAACCAAGCAAGCCCCGGCUUGCACAACACGUGGAAUGCCUUGGAUAGGAAAAUGCACCGCCAGCGACGGAAGCUGACCGGGCCUUCCAUCAACGAGCGCUCCAUGCGGACCUUCGAGCCCACUAUGAUGAACGAGGUGAACACGUUCAUCGAGCAGAUAGCGCUGAGCCAGGAUCGCCCUAUCGACAUGCAGAAGCGGUGCGGCUAUCUCGGCGUCGACAUCGUGUGCCAGCUCUCCUUCGGGUUCGCCCUGAACUCGCAGACAGAGGAGAAGUACCGCUUCCUGCCGGGCGAGAUAACCGCCGGCAACCGUCGCCUGUACGCGUACAUGCAAGUACCCACGAUCGCCAAGCACCGUCUGCAGGUGCUCAUUAACCUGCUAUGGGCCAAGUCGCGCGAGAAAGUGUUCCGGCUUCUCGAGCACAUGAUCAAGAGCCGGAUGGCGCAGGACCAGCGCGCGAAGCACGACAUGUACUCUUUCGUGGCCGCCGAGCUCAAGGCCGAGGAGAGCAGCAAGAGCGGGAGUCUGCGGGUCAACGACCUCUGGAUGGAGGCCAUCCUGUUCACCGUGGCCGGCGGCGACACGACCUCGACGGCGAUCGCCGCGACGCUGUUCUACGUGGCGCGCCACCGCGACGUUUACGACAAGCUGGCCGCGGAGAUCCGGUCCGCCUUCGGAGACGGGAGCGAGAUCUGCGGGUCCAAGCUCGCGAGUUGUCACUAUCUCCGCGCCUGCGUCGACGAGGCCCUCAGGAUGUCCCCGCCCGUCGCGGGGGUCUUGUGGCGAGAGCUGGCUUCCGACGAGGAUGCGAGCAAGCCGUUAGUCGUUGAUGGACAUGUUAUCCCCAAGGGCACGUAUGACUACUUCCCAGACCCCUUCACAUACAAGCCCGAACGGUGGACAUCCCCCAACGGCGAAGACGGCGCCCCUGGAUCCCGGAAGGUGAUGUACGACGCAUUUGCCCCCUUUUCCGUCGGAUCCCGGGGCUGCGCCGGAAAGGCCAUGGCCUACCUGGAGAUCAAUCUCACCAUAGCCAAGAGCCUGUGGUAUUAUGAUUUCAAGCCUGCUCCGGGGAAACUCGGCGACAUUGGAUUGAGCGAUAAAGGCGAGUUUCGCAUUUACGAUAUUUUUAUCUCGACGCAUGACGGACCGUGGCUGGUUUUCACUCCGCGAAGCACCUUGGACAAGGAUUUCCCUGACUUGAAGCGAGGGAAUACGGAAUAA